AAAAUGAAGAGCCCUCUGAGUCUGUCCACAGUCCUGUUUGUCCUGUCAUUCGCCUGUGUGGUUUUGGCCAGCAGCAGUAGCAGUAGUUCCACACCCAAGAUCUGUGUCCUGCGGAACUGCAACUGGAACUCCACCACGAAUGCCUGUGGCCGCUUUGGUCGCUCCAAUCUCUGCAAUCGCUUCAGGAACAGCUGCACCCUGCGAUAUGAAUCCUGCGUGGGAUCCACCACAUACACGGCGGUCAGUCUGUCCCAGUGCUCCGGAAUCAGCGUGGGUUCCCGUGGAACCUGCGGAGGAUCGUCCUCUUCCUCCUCGUCCUCGAAUGUUGUGCCCAUUAUCAUACGUAGGGGAUGA